CUGCCCCUCUUCUUUUUCUUCUUCAUUCAUUCUUCAUUCAGUACAAACGAGUUGCAGACACACAGCUGGAGUGUUCUUUUGACUGGGAUUCUUCAAGAGCGGGAAAACCACAGCUCAACAUGACUUCCAUAUCCAUAGCUGUGACUGUGCUCUGGCAUGUUCUCACGUUUUCAAGAGGUCUCUUUCAAGACUUGGAAGAGGUGAUUGUGAAGCCGGGCGACGACGCCCUCCUCGGGUGCCACGCCCCCCCCAACACCGCCAUCACAGGGCUGAUUUGGUCUCGGCCGGGUGCCGACCUGUACGUGCUCUUCUACCGGGACGGACGAGCGCUCCAACAGUACCAGCUUCAGCCGUACCAAGGCCGCGUGGACCUCAGCGACCCGACGAUGGCGAACGGAAACGCGUCUGUGAUCGUGAGGAACGUCAGCGCGGACGACGCCGGAGAGUACAAGUGCUACGUGAGGACGGAGACGACGGGACGCAGGAAGAGGGACAUGGAGCCAAGGAGUGUCGUCCAUCUGAAGGUGGAGGACACUCCGAGCCCCACCCAUGGGGGCGGGUGUGUUUUCGAGGGCGUGUCUUUGUGCUGCAUGUUACCGCUGCUUGUGUUGUUGUCACUGUGCUCAAAGACAUUCCGUUAAACGUUUAAGCUUC